CCCGCUUUCCAAUUCCAAAUUUCCCCUUCUCUCUCUUCCUCUGCUUCGCUUCUCAGGAAUGGCGGAAGCUUCAGUCAAGCCGACUCCGGUCCUGAAAGACGAGCUGGACAUCGUGAUCCCGACGAUCCGAAGCCUUGAUUUCCUCGAGAUGUGGCGGCCGUUUUUCCAGCCCUACCAUCUCAUCAUCGUCCAGGACGGCGAUCCCUCGAAGACGAUCAAGGUCCCCGACGGCUUCGACUACGAGCUCUACAACCGAAACGACAUCAACCGGAUUCUCGGCCCCAAGGCCUCCUGCAUUUCCUUCAAGGACUCCGCUUGUCGCUGCUUCGGCUACAUGGUCUCCAAGAAGAAGUACAUCUUCACCAUUGACGACGAUUGCUUCGUUGCGAAAAACCCAUCUGGGAAAGAGAUCAAUGCGCUUGAGCAGCAUAUAAAGAAUCUGCUGAGCCCAUCAACGCCGUUGUUUUUCAAUACUCUUUAUGAUCCGUAUAGAGACGGUGCAGAUUUUGUCCGUGGAUAUCCUUUCAGUCUCCGGGAGGGUGUCCAUACCGCAGUUUCUCAUGGCCUCUGGCUCAACAUUCCUGACUAUGACGCCCCUACUCAACUCGUCAAGCCUUUGGAGAGGAACUCCAGGUAUGUUGAUGCAGUUCUCACAAUCCCCAAAGGAACCCUGUUCCCCAUGUGUGGGAUGAAUCUUGCAUUCGAUAGGGAACUUAUUGGACCAGCAAUGUACUUUGGUCUCAUGGGUGAUGGUCAGCCAAUUGGACGUUACGAUGAUAUGUGGGCUGGCUGGUGCGUGAAGGUGAUAUGUGACCAUUUGGGAUAUGGAGUCAAGACUGGUCUACCCUACAUAUGGCACAGCAAAGCCAGCAAUCCCUUCGUGAACCUUAAGAAGGAGUACAAUGGCAUCUUCUGGCAAGAAGAGGCAAUUCCGUUCUUUCAAUCUGUUAUGCUUCCGAAGGAGUGCACUACCGUACAACAAUGCUACAUUGAGCUCUCCAAGCAAGUCAAGGAGAAGCUUGGCAAGGUUGAUCCCUACUUCAAUAAGCUAGCAGAAGCCAUGGUGACCUGGAUUGAGGCUUGGGAUGAGCUUAACUCUGCUGAGGGAAGCACAGGAAAGUUACCGGCUAAAGGCGCUGCGAUGUGAAUGUCUCAUUGACGAUAUGAUUCCUUUAUAAAGCACUAGUUGGCAGUUGCUUUUUUUUUUUUCCCUAACUUAUCCUGUUAUUGUUAUUGGCAGUGUUAUCAUCAUUAUUUACUUUAAUUUCAAUACAAUUUUCCCGUUUGGUGGACCUAUAGAGCUUUUCGUUGUUCUUUAAAAGAACGCCGUACUCUGAGAUAUCACUAUGAAAUAACUAUCAAUCUCGUAUAUUUUGCUACUCUAUUGUAACUUUUUUGUAGUAGGGCAAUAUUAUACCACAUGUUUUUGAAUAGGAUUUAAUCAAAGUUGAGCAUAAAAGUAUGCAAAACUGGUAGAAUUGACAGAUUUGUGAGUGUA